AAGCAUUUUGCCUUUUCUCUUCCCACACUAACACAGAUAUAUUAGUACACACUAAUAUGCACACCUGUCACAACUUUUAAAAAAGGUUUUCGUUUUUUGUAGUAGAAGUCAUCAGGAAUAAGGACAGUGCAUGAGCACUACUGAGGACUAUCAGUCAGGCAUAUCUGCAGGUAGAAUGGACCUCUAUUGUCCUGUAUGUUUACACGUAGCCGUUUUUCCUGUGGAGACAAACUGUGGGCAUGGAUUCUGUGCUCCUUGUCUGAUAUCGUACUGGAAACAUAGCUGCUGUUUAGAAGCGAUCAGCUGUCCUUUGUGCAGACAAAAGGUGAGUGUCAUGUAUCACCAGUUCCAGGAGAGCAGAUCAGACAGAAAGGAGCGAGAGGUACUGGGCCAUGUUAGAGACUAUAAUAAACGCUAUUCAGGAGCACCACGAAGGAUAAGUGACUACCUCUUUGAUGCUCCUUUCUUCCUGCUGCUUUUGUUCCGGGCUUUGUGGAACAUGGGCGGUUUGGUGUGGCUCUUCCUGGUAAGAGUGGCACUGUGUGGAUUCGGGGCAGCUGCAUCAUUGGUGUCUCCAUUAGAGGCUGUGCCUGGACACUUCAGUGGGGCAUUGGGACUUUUAGAUGACCUUGUGGUAGUGUUUCUCCUCCUCAUCGCCAUCAUUAACAUCCACCAGCAGAUGGUGCCAGAAAGGACAACCAGACCACACACUGUGGAACAUGGGAUACUGUCUGACAUGCUGUAAAAUGGAGGGCAAAGAACACUGGAUCUAUCAGAUGAAUUCAAAAAGAGUAAAGAAAACAGGAGAAUACCGCAUUCUGUUUUUCAGACUCCAGCACCCAGUGAACAUAUCAUACAGGGUGUAUGUGUAUAUUUAAACAGGAAAACAGUCAAAUGUGUUGUGGCCUUACCAGUAUUACAAAUGGAUCUAAAAAGUAAAACUCGGAAAGGUUUAUUGGUUCUUCUUACUGUAUUCACUGCUUGAUGCCUAAAUUUGUUAACAUUUUAAUUUUAUUGUAAAUAUAAAAACUGUCUACCUAACAUGUACAAUUAGAGAAGGGUUUAUGUGUGAUAUUUUUUCAUUUGCUGGUUUAAACAGAUGUUCGUUUUCCUCACGGACACACUUCUGAUGUAAUAUAAUAAAGUAUUUUUGUACA